AUGAUCAAAUCACUAAUAUUUACAAAUGAAUUAAAAUGUAAGCUUUUGCUCUGCUUGAGUAGAGUUACAAGGGGUCUCUCCAUCUCCACCACCUGUCUCCUGAGCAUCAUCCAGGUCAUUACCAUCAGUCCCAACUCCUUCUACUUGUCAAGAUUUAAACAGAAACUCAAAAAACAUGUUGUCAUUGCUUUCUUCUGUUUUUGGUGGUUCAACCUGUCGUCCAAUAGCAACAUGAUCAUCUAUGCUGUAGCUCAUUCCAACAGGACCAAUUUACUCAAUGUCAAUAAGUACUGCUCACUCUCCUCAAUGAACUCCACCAUCAUGGUGCUGUUUAUCACCCUUUCAUUAUUCCAGAAUAUCUUUUCUUUAGGGCUCAUGCUGCUCUCCAGCAUGUGCAUGGUGAUUUUCUUGUGUAGACAUCAGAGAAAAUCUGAAUAUCUUUGCAGCAUGAGCACUUCCUCAAGAAUCUCACCAGCAAAAAGGGCCACCCAUACUGUCCUAGUGCUGGUGAGUUUCUUUGUGAUUAUGUAUUGUGUGGAUACCAUCAUCUCAUCCUUCUCAACUCUAUCAUGGAACUAUGAACCAGUUCUCCUGGAUAUUCACAGGCUAUUGGGAAAUGCUUAUGCUACUGUGAGUCCUUUGGUGCUCAUUAGUUCUGAUAAAAGAAUAAUUCACCUUAUGAAGAAUGUGAUUGAUAUGAUAAAAGUCAUAAUGACUUAA